CUGCUGUGUUCGCACGCUCUGCACCUUGCUCCUGCCCACUCUGCUUGUCAGCUUUCCUCAGUCCUGAAAGAUCCUUAGUGCCUGGAUUUCAUCAUCCAGCCCUGCAGGAUGCUCCUCUUUGUUCUGGGGAAGGCUGUCCCAGAUGGAGAAGAGGAGAUGGAGGUGGAUAUAGAGAUUGAUAGAGAGGAGGACAUGGAGACGGAGGGAGAAGACACUGGGGAGGAGAUGGAGGUGGAGGUGGUUGUGGAAGAGGAGAUGGAAUUGGAUAUGGAAGAGUCCAUUGAGGACAUGGACAUUGAUUAAAAAGGUGCCCUGUCUCAGCUUGAAAAGAAAACAGGGGAGCUCAGGGUAUUGGAGUGGCUCUCUCCACCGCUACAGCAACAGAGAACUGUGAGACUGAAAAUUGAAAUGAUUGCAUCCCUCAUAAAGAAAGGACGUUUUAGGGCAAUCCAAGUUACAGGAGCGGAGCCUUCCACAAUACUAUUGCCCAUUAAAAAGGACACGCUUGACUGGUAUUUGGUGAACUCUGGGGAGCUCCAGGAAGCCCUUUUAGGAGCUGGAGCUGUCGUGGAGACUGGGAAACUGCAUCCUAGUCCCCUCCAGUGGAUAACAGAAUGGGACUGGAUAACAAAGCCCAUUCGGAGUCUGUCACCAUUAAGGGGGGCUAUCACGGCCUUUACGGACGCUGGUAAAAAGUCCAGGAGAGCAGCCAUGACAUGGAAACAGCAAGGACAGUGGCGACAACAUUUGUUAGAUGCAGAUGCCAGGGAUAGUCUACAGACAUUGGAACUUUUAGCUGUAGUAUGAGCAAUGAUGAAUUUAAAAGGUCCUUUGAAUAUUGUGACUGACUCCCUUUAUGUAGCAGGAGUAGCUGCCAGGGUACUAUACUGGGGGAGGGGAUAUCUUUGUGUUUCCUCUCCAACAGGACCCUUGUGGAUCCCCGUGAAGUGGACUCGAGCUGUACCAGAUGUUGAGGACCAUCACAGCCUUGUCACCGGAGGACAAAGAGAGGGUGCACAACAAACUGACGCUGAUAUUGCGACCCUAUUUGCAACGCCUCCAGCCCUACUCUAACGACGCGCGACGUGCCUGCAUUCAUCUUCCUGACGAUUGGAUCGAGUGGUGUCAGGACCUUACGAUUUUUGAUUAUUUUGUCCUGAGAAUAUCUGACAGCCACAAGAAAGUGAAGCAGAAGGCGCUGGACGUGCUGGCUGAAAUCAUCGGCCUCCUGGAAGAUGCCCUGAACCCGGUGAUGAUCCCUUUGGCGCAGGGAAUAACAAAGAACCUGAACUCAAAGGAUCCCGGGGUUCAUGCCGCAGCUGUGAACGCACUGGAAGAAUCCAUUGCUCAUCUGGUGCUCGUGGAGUGGGUUCAUGCCAGGAGACCUGCAGUGGUCCAGCGCUGCGCCCUGCCCGUGCUCUGGUCCUGCCUGGAGAACAAGGCGCUGCCUGUGCGAAGCGCCAGCGUCCGCACUGUGCUCACCAAGCUGGCCUGUGCCCUCUGCCAGGUGAUGGGCACCCAGCUGAGGAAGUGUGCUGCCAGCAAGCCUCCCCACGUGCGGGAAAACCUCAACAGCCUUUUGGGCUGGUGA